AAUCAAGUGAAGUAAGGAGAAGGAAGUUCCAGAACCAGGAAAGCGUCACUUCUGGGGAUGCCAUUAAUUUGAGAUGUGAGAGCUGUGACCAGAAUUUGAGUGACAAUCUAGCAAAGUAAAAAAAGAAGAAUCCCAGUUCCAGUCAUUUUCUAAGAACAGAAGAAAAUGACCAAGGUCCAGGAAUCAUUAUUAUUUGAAGAUGUAGCUGUGGAGUUCACCCGGGAGGAGUGGAGGCUACUAGACCCUGCUCAGAAGGACCUGUACCAGGAUGUGAUGCUGGAAAACUAUAGCAACCUGCUGUCCGUGGGUUAUCAAAGUCCCAAACCAAUUCAAAUCUUCAAGUUGAAGCAAAGAGGCAAACCAUGGUUAGAAAAGGAAAAUAUCCAUGGUCAGAACUUUCCAGAAGUUGGAGAAAUUGGUGAUCAUAUGCAGUGGUCUUUGGAAAUCCAAAACAAGCGUAAAGAUAUGGAAAGAGGCCGUGAACACAGUUCAUCUGGAAAUGUGUUUCAUCUGCGCAGAAAUCUUGUUACUUUAAGGCAAAGCCAUGAUAAGUUUGAUGUACUGAACUCUAAUUUAGAUUUAGUUAACCAGAAUAAAAGCUGUGUAGCGAAGAAUCCUGACAAGUUUAAUAAAUAUGAGAAAUCGUUUCUUCGUACUAAGCAUGAAAAACGUUACACUGGAGUUAAAUGCAAUAAAUAUGGAAACACCAUCUUCACCAAUUCGAAACUCAGUAUACAUCAAACUGAAAAACGAAAGAAACAUGAGUGUAUUGAAUGUGGUAAAACCUUCAUCAAAAAGUCUCAACUCACUGUACAUCAGAGAACUCAUACAGGAGAGAAACCAUAUAAAUGCCUUAAAUGUGGUAAAGCCUUCUGUAGGAAAGCAGAGCUCAAUAUACAUAUGCAAGUGGAAAGAGGAAUAAAACCCCAUGCAUGUAGUGAGUGUGGGAAAACUUUCUCCAGGAAAUCUCAGCUCCUUGUACAUCAGAAAACUCAUACGGGAGAGAAACCCUAUACAUGCAGUGAAUGUGGAAGAGGCUUCAUCCAGAAGGGUAAUUUUCUUAUACAUCAGCGAAUUCAUACUGGAGAGAAGCCCUAUGGAUGCAAGGAAUGUGGUAAAGCCUUCAGUCAUAAGCCAUGUCUCGUUGCACAUCAGGUAUUUCACACUGGAAAUCCUCCCUAUGUAUGCAGUGAAUGUGGAAGAGCUUACUUUCAAAAGUCGAGUCUCAUUAGACAUCAAAGAGGUCAUACAGAAGAGAAACGCUAUAAAUGCAACGUAUGUGGGAAAGGCUACUCCACGAAGUCAAUACUCAGUAGACAUCAGAGAGUUCAUACAGGAGAGAAACCCCAUGGAUGCAGCAAUUGUGGGAAAGCCUUCUGCCACAAGUCCUCCCUCACUAAACAUAAGAAAACUCAUAUGAAAGAGAAAUGUGUGGAUUCAGUCAAGGUGGAAAAUGAUUUUCUUGGGAACCACAGCUCAUUAUGUACCACAGAACCCGUACAGGAGAAAAACUCUGUUGAAACAAUGACAGUGCAAGGGCCUUCUGUGGCCGUGCAGACAUCAUUAAAUAUCAGUGGGUUCCUAGCCCAAGGGAAUGUAGUCCUUGUGGGACAGCCUGUUGCCAGAUGUGUACCCUCAGGAAAUAACAGAGAAUUUGUACAGGAGAGAAACCUCAUGAAUGCAGUAAAUGUGGUAGUGCCUUCAGUUACCAAUUAUGUCUUAUUUUAUGUCACAGGAAACGUGUAGGGAAGAUUUGGUACGUUCAGUGUGGAAAAGCCU